AGUCAUUUUCAUUGGUUUGUUUUUGUAUAUUUGUAUGGUUUUUCUCAUUAUCAUAAUAUUCCAAAUGUGUUCUUGUUUUUAAUAAUUUCUUCUUCAUUAACAUAACAUAACAUUAUAAUAUAAAUUUGAAAUAAUUGGCAGGAAAUAAUUAAAUGAUAAUGUUCAAAGUUUGAUACCUACUUAUAUACCAGAAAAUAAUGUGUUGUGAACAUUUCAGUCAUUAACCAAAGAAAAUCCAGCUUCAAAAAUGACUUCAGGUACUCCAUCUGGUUCCACAAGAUUUGCCACUAUUUCAGUAGCCCUAAUUUUUUUAACUUCUUUGAGUGCAUUGCUCCUUGUAUACAGUACAUUCCCAAAUGUAACAGAUGAUGAGAGGAAGCAUAUCAAGGUUCCUUGGAAUAUAGAAGAUGCCAAGCAACUUGGCAUUGUACUGGAUAAGUACAAAACUGAUCAUUACUACCAAGUGAUGGUAGGAGUUUUUAUAAUGUAUAUAUUCCUACAAACGUUCGCCAUCCCAGGCUCCCUAUUCCUCUCGAUCCUGUCGGGAUUCUUGUUUCCAUUCACCGUAGCCCUAGCCCUGGUCUGCACCUGCUCGAUGCUGGGAGCCACCCUUUGCUUCAUGCUCUCGCAGCUGCUGGGCAGGAAGCUGGUGCUGCACUAUUUUCCCGAAAAAGCCCGAGCUUGGGCGAUUCAAGUCGACAAGCACAAAGACAACCUGUUCAACUACGUUGUUUUUUUGAGGGUGACGCCAUUCUUGCCGAAUUGGUUCAUUAAUUUGACGGCGCCGGUGAUCGGAGUGCCCUUGUGGCCCUUUGCUUUCGGAACGUUCGUGGGAGUCGCCCCUCCGUCGUUUAUCGCCAUACAGGGUGGGCAGACUCUACAUGACAUGACGGCUAGUGACAGCGCUUUCAGUGCUACCACUUUUCUGUGGUUGGCGUUUUUCGGGGUGGUGUCUUUGGUACCAAUAUUUUUGAAGAACAAACUUAGAGCCAAGAUCGACUAGGAGCAAUAAUUGGGUUCUAUGAACUUGGUUUAGUGAAAUUGUAUUUAUUUUGAUUAUUGAGUAUGUUGAUUUCAAGUUUUUGUUUGUAAAUUUGUAUGUUCAACAAGAAUACGCGGAAUAAAGAGUUAUUUUGCAGAUG